CUAUUAUUUAUUUAUUUAUUUAUUUAUUUAUUUAUUCUUUUGCGUUCCCCCGAAAAACCUGUUAUGAGUUCGAUCAAACACUUCCUGUUUAUUUUCCCGCGGGGUAGUGGUUCAGACAGCACCGUAGGUUCACAAUUGAGCGGUGCAUAGAGUUUUAUUUUGAACUUGGACUCAAAUAUAAAUAAAUACGGUCUGUGCUUAGUUCGAGGCACGGUUUUGACGUAAGUGAAAGACACCUGAAAAGGAUAUUACGCGAAAGAGCAUUGUUUCGACGAAAAAAAUUUUCAGGUGAUGCUGUGAAGAUACAAACGCGAACCACCGCGCAGGAGUCUCGCGAGAACACAACAGGUAGGCUAUCUUUGUGAGAGAACGCAAAACUUUCGAUUUUUUUUCUCCCAUCCCAAUUUUUUUCCACCACCAUGGCCCUUUAGGGGCUCCGUACGCUGCUGCCACUAACGAGAGUUUGAUCACAUUGAUGAAGUUAUUGACAAAGUUUAAGACAUUGGAUGUUUACCCGCUUAUUUCUUUAUUUUAUUGUGUAUGCGGCUAAUUGGGAGUAUUGUUAUAUGUUCUGUACACAAGUGAGUAAAGGUGAUUACUGUGAUCAGUAGUUUAUGAUGUUUUGUUAACCUGAUAAAGAUGUUAGCCCGUACUUCAGGCUGUUGGUAGACUUUGUGGCAUCUGUGCACACGUGAAACCUGUGUUGUUAUCAAUACUAUCAUUUGUAAUGAAAAUUGUUGUAUUGAAUUAGAAAAGAAUGCAAAAUAGACGUAUUGUAUACGGUGGCCGAGACGUGCAAAAACAAAACACAAAUAUGAAAACAAAAUAACAUCUGAAAACAAAACAACAAAUUAUGAACACAAUGACAUCCGAAAACACAUUAAUAUUAGGGAUGCACCGAAUGUUCGGGAACCGAAAUUAUUCGACCGAAAAUAGCAAAAAAAAAAAAGCACUUUCGAUGUUCGGCCAAAUAAAUUUGACCGGAUAAUGACGUGUUUGAUGACGCGCCAAAUAGCCUAGCAACCAGAGUGAGAUGCGCGAAUUUCACGACCUCCAUUUCCGGCAGCGCGUUCGGAGCGAUGAAGGGGCGCGCGCAUGCACGAGCUACGUGCACGAGCCCAUGCUCUUCCGAUGUUGACAACCGUGACAUUGUUUACUGUGGAGACGCGCGUUUGAUUUGUUUCUGUUCCGGAGUAUUCUGUCACGUUGCGAGACGUAAGGGAGUAGAGUACGGAAGCAGGUAAAGACGUUUAUUUAAGGGAAUGGAUUACUUGCCGCUAAUUGGAUGAUACUGUCAAUCAAGAUAUACAGGAAUGCAGGUGUGGAAAAUGGCGAGCAGGUACUUGAUGCUCCUCGCCUUGGGGACUGCAGUGAUUACCCUUGCAGUGACUGUGCAGUGCUGUCCUAAGCAGUGUAGUUGCUCAGAUAAAAACCCCCAUCACUUUGUGGACUGUGCUUACAAAGAACUUCAGCUGGUACCUGAGGGCUUGCCAUCCAAUGUGACCACUCUGAGCCUUUCAGCAAACAAAAUAAAAGUGUUGAAAUCCCAAAGUUUUGUAAAUGUGACCCAGGCUACAUCUCUCUGGCUGGCCCACAAUGAAAUUGUCACCAUUGAGAGAAACGCACUAGCACCAAUGUUCCAGUUAAGGAAUCUGGACCUAAGUCAUAAUAAAAUAGUAAAUUUCCCAUGGGAGGACCUCGCUAACCUGACUGCUCUGCAGCUGCUGAAAAUGAAUAACAAUGAGAUGGUCAGUCUGCCUAAGGACGCUUUCACCAACUUGAAAGAUCUGCGUUCAGUUCGCAUCAACAACAACAAGUUUACUACCAUUGCAGAAGGAACUUUUGAUGCCCUUAUCUCCAUGUCGCACCUACAAAUUUACAACAAUCCUUUCACCUGUUCUUGCAAACUGGAGUGGAUGAGGGAUUGGAUCACUAAAUCUAAAUCUAAAAUUUCCAUUCCUGAGCAGAACAAUAUCAGAUGUGAGGCACCUUCCCAUUUAAAAGGUUUAGAGGUCACUCAAAUGCCAAAACUGGUAUGUCAGGCUCCAACGGUUACCAUAACCCAUCAGCCUAACAUUGAAAACACAGAAAUUCAUGAGGGGUACAUGGUCAUCUUACACUGUGAAGUUAAAGGGAGCCCCAAACCUGAUGUUGAGUGGGAAGUAUUUGCAGGAAACCAACUAUUAACAUUCCCAUUGCCCUUAGUUGUUGAAAAUAGUGAGGUCCCUAUUAACGGUGCACCCUCUAAUACAAGAUUCCUCAUCUUUCAGAAUGGAACUCUAACCAUUCCUCAUAUGAGCAAAAAAGAAAACGGAAACUAUAGCUGUUCUGCUACUAAUAGCAUGGGCAAAGCUGAAAACACAGUGAAACUUGCAAUGACUGUUACCAAAAUAGAAUCCACCAAUUCUGUGCUAGACACAAAAGGUAUUGGUCCAACUAACAAUAACUCUGGCCCAAAGGACCCCAAUAACAAUGUAUGGCCCAUAAAUGAGAAGCCCAAAAUUCUUUCAACUGGAACAUCAUCCAUUAAUACUAAAAAAGUACCGGUUAAUACUGAUACUUUACCAUUUACCAGUAAGUGUGGAAUAAGUCAUGGUACACAGUAUAUAUCCAAUCAUGCAUUUAACCUGAGCUUGGAUGACCUUAAACAGUACACCUUUGACUUUGGUGUGAUUGCUUUGGAGGUGUCAGAGACUGAGGCUAAAGUCCAGCUUAAUCCUCUACAGAUGGCAAAUGCCAAAUCAAACCUUCACCUCAACCAACUCCAAGACCUGGAAACUGUGGAUAAGGAACCGUUCACUCUUUACCAGUCAUCAUCCAGAAAAUCUCCCAUUGACAUGCUGUAUGUUUGUGUGAGCACUGGCAAUGGACAUUCAGUUGUUCAGUGGUCCAAGAUCGAGGACGGUGUCAAUACAUAUCGUUUCCAAGGUUUACGUCCAGGCACUAAUUACACUCUGUGCCUCACCUAUGGAGGCCAGGACUGCCAGGUUCAAGUUGUAUUUACGACAAGGAAGAAAAUACCAUCAUUGCUUAUCAUAGUGGUGGUCAGCAUUUUCUUACUGGCUCUGGCCACAGUGCCCUUGCUGGGAGCCACCUGCUGUCACUUGCUGUACAAGUAUCAAGGGAAGACCUACAAACUGAUUAUGAAGACGCAGAAUGCAGAUCAGAUGGAGAAGCACAUAUCAACAGAUUUUGAUCCGAGAGCCUCUUUUGUGGGAUCUGAGAAAAACUUCAAUGCAAGUGAGCUUGGUGAGGGAGACGCUGAAGCUGAUGUGGAGGAAGGAGAAGGGGAAGGUGAGGAAGUCGAGGGCAGUGUGGUGACUGAGUCCAUUCCUGAGUCGCAGUCCAAAACUCAGGAAGAGUUUGAAGUGGGCUCUGAGUAUAGUGACAGGUUACCUUUAGGGGCUGAGGCAGUGAAUAUAUCUGAGGAAAUAAAUGGCAAUUAUAAAGAGCUGCGCUAAAACCGACAGUGUGUAAAAUAUUUACCUUUCGACCACAUUCCAAACCAGGUAAAUACCGAUGAGCACAUCACCUUACUAUUGUAAUACUCUGCAGAAGGUGCAUUGACUCUGUUUUACCUCAGUUAUUCAGCAGUAAAUGUAUAUAUUUCAUAUUAGUUCUUGGGUUUUAUAAUAAUAAUAAUCUCUAUGAACAAAAGGAAUUUAUUCCAACACACCUCACAUUGAGUUGUAUAUUCAACUCAACCUUAAAUUGAUCACCUGGAAAGUCUUAGCAUUCAUACAUGUAGGAGAGUGUGAAAUUCAUAGUACCAGUCAGUCACAAAUAAAAUGUCCGUUAGUUGAGGGCUUUGGUAAAGGUAAUGUUGUCUUCACACUGCGCCCAGGGAGUACAACAUGUUCAUCAGUUAUUGUUCAAACGUCGGUGCACAGAUUGUUACUUCUGAAAGGGAAUCGUUUCACUUCACGGCAUGUGCGAAAAAUAGUAGGCUAAAAACCCAGGUCACCUUCAAGUGAUAUUUUCUGUAAUGUGUGACUUAAGAUCUCCGUUAAGGAGCAGGUGCUUAAGAAGAUCCUCUCGCCUUUCGGGACUGAUUGAACGUCUCCUUUCUCUAGUUUAAGGUAAUUUGUUCGUGGCAUGUCACACAAGAAGUAUUUCCGAGUGUGUUUUAUUAGCAUAUAUAGGACGGUAGAUAUUCUCAGUGUCGAUAUGUGGUGUAAAGCAGUCAAGUGUAAUAACGAUGUCUUUUUUUUUAUAUCUCAACCGUCGCAUUUCACCAUCAGCCUGUUCGCACCCAGUCCCGUCCACUUCCACUUAGUGAUUUGUGUCGAGCUGUUCAACUGAUGUUGUGAACCAUCUUUUCAAAAAUUUUGAUAUGAUUUUAUGUACGUGAACUUAAUAAAAUACUUAUGAAUACCUUUGGUUUAGUUCUUGCAGUGGUAAAAAUGCUUUGUGUGUAAUUUGAAUGUAUUGUUUAACACAUCAGACUAUGUGCACUGGGUAUUUUAUUCAUUUGACAUGAUAAACAGAAGGCUAUAUGAUUUAGACAUGAGGAAAGCAAUUUAUUUGACAGAAUAAUUAUGAAACACGAUCACAUAGAGAAAAAUAUUACCGCACAUUGUUGUUGUUGUCAACAAAAGUUAAACAAUAGAAGGAAAAUGCACACAAAUUGGAAAAAAAAAUGCAUUUUUAAAUAUGCGUGAAGAUUCAAAUUAAUAACCUGAAUGUGUUUUUCAGGACAUUUUCAGGCGUUCCUGCUGUCCGUCCUCUCUUUCCCCACGCGGAAAAUGCGCACGAAAGUAAAUUUUCUAGAGCGGCCACACACCUCAUGUUACAUGUUUCACAGUUUCUUUAAACGGUAAAUAAAUCGCUAUAUAUUUUGUGAGGGAUCGUGGUGUAUUUUUUGGUAUUAAGAAACAUUUGGAAGAACAAAGAAAUGAAGUGCACUUCGUCGCAGGUUGCAGUGCGCUAAACUGUGGCUCUGAUCCGCGACCCGCCUGCAGCGACAGUCUUAAAGCGCUCAGUUAUAACACCAGAACAUCAUAACUGUUCAGUUAAAAAGAAAGAGAGAGAGAAAAACUGUCGGAAUUUGUUUGUAAUAAUAAAAAAUAAAUGAAUAAUAAGUAAAUCAUGCAUUAUAUUUCGUGCGCCUUAGACUAGAGCAAUCAGAAUGUAAUUAUAAUGUUACAAUAUUUUAGCUUAUCAAUAUUAUUUAUUUCUUUUAUUUAUUUUUUAAACAGCAGUGUCUUUCGGGAAUAAUUACACACCUAUAGGUAAUUAACUUUUUUCAUCCUUAUAGCGUACUUACAUGCCACAACGCGGUAUCGUUUCCUUUGUUUGACACAGACACCGCCACAGCAUUGCUUUUAUUUAUGUGUUUGUUUAUUUAUUUAUUUAUUUAUUUGGGCAAAAUC